CGCACGGAGCUUCAGUCGAGGAAGUGAGUUGAAGAGGCUUCAUCUGCGGCGGAGUGGAGUUCGGUGUUUAUUCCGCGCUCGCAAAGGCUUUAAGUCACCCGGAGUAUUUAAAAACAUGUCGCAGUUUGAUGACAACCCAUUUGCAGAGUCCGCUGGGGUCAACCCUUUCAAUGACCCAGCUGUCACUCAGGUGACAAACUCCAGCAUAGAACCGAUUGACCAGUACAACCCUUUCCCUGCCACAAGCCUGGCGAGUCAGACCACUCCAGCCCCUCCACCCGCCUACCAGCCGGCAGUGUUGCCGCCUUCCGCAGAGCCCAGUCCACAGGCGACUGCCACUGCGGCACAGGCCAACCUGCUGAGGCAGCAGGAGGAGCUGGAGAGGAAAGCUGCUGAGCUGGACCGCAGAGAGCAGGAGCUCAAGAAUCAAGGCCCAGGGAAAGUAAACAACUGGCCACCACUCCCUAAAAGUUUCCCCAUCAAGCCGUGUUUUUAUCAGGACUUCUCCGAGGAGAUCCCCACGGAGUACCAGAGAGUGUGCAAGAUGAUGUACUACCUCUGGAUGUUCAACUGUGUGGCGCUCUUCCUCAACAUGCUGGCGUGUCUGGCCCUCUUCACCACGUCUGCGUCCAACGGUGUGGAUUUUGGCCUCUCCAUCCUCUGGCUCAUCCUCUUCGCGCCCUGCUCCUUCCUCUGCUGGUACCGGCCCGUCUACAAGGCCUUCAAGACUGACAGCUCCUUCAGCUUCUUCUUCUUCUUCUUCGUCUUUUUCUGCCAAGUGGUCAUCUUCAUCAUCCAGUGUGUGGGCAUCCCUAAGUGGGGCAACAGCGGUUGGAUCGCCGCCUUCUCGGUCAUCGGCAGCAACAAGGCAGUGGGCGCCAUCAUGAUCAUCGUGGCCGUCAUCUUCACCAUCUGUGCCGUGGUCUCUGUCGUCCUCCUCAAGCUGGUCCACAGCAUGUACCGCCGGACCGGCGCCAGCUUCACGAAGGCCCAGCAGGAGUUCUCGCAGGGCGUCUUCACCAACAAAACAUUCCAAACCGCCGCCGCCGGCGCGGCGUCCUCUGCGGCGCAGGGAGCCUUCCAGGGAAACAACUAGCUGCCGCCACUGCCACUAAGCUUAUAGAACAGGUCAAGGUCUACGAAUCAUCAGGUGAGGGUUGAUAAAGUGGAAGUGAGAAGAAAAACCUUAAAAAAGAAACUGAGGGUGCCACCCCUCACCAUUAUCUUGAGGCGAAAGAACCACAGCAGGUGCAUUGUGGGUAAAAGCGCCCGAGAGACGUUGACUGAUGAUUUCACUUCGUCUUGGCUUUGUACAUUUCUUUUCAUCUUCCGUGUGAGUGCGAGCGUGCUUGCAGGUGUGUGGCGUGUUGGGUUUUUUUUGCGUGUCAUUGAUCGGCCAAUCAAAACAUUUCUCCAAGUCCUCCUUACUGCUUGACAAAUUCCGAUACAACACACACUUGUACUGUCCCCAAACUUUGAAUCGCUUGCUAACAAGUUGGCUUAGAAACAAGACUACCUGGGAAAAAAAUAUGCUUCUAGAACAUCAAACUUGAUGUACUUUUUGCAUUUUCACUCUUUAUUUACAAUUUGAAAAAUAACACUUUUUGUAUGGAUGUAUAUUUUCUAUUGGCUUUCUCAUUGACUAAUGUUUAUUAUUAGAGACAUAUGAACAUAUAUAUAUAUAUAUACAUAU